GACUGACAACUAAAGAGCCAACCAACAGCUUCUAUAGAGCGUAGUUGUCUAACCAAACUACAAGUUUGAGAAAUGGCUGACGAUAAAGAAGUGGAAAAAACUGUUGCAGAAGACUUGGUUGUAACCAAGUAUAAAUUAGCGGGGCAAAUUGUUAACCGUGUUUUAGAACAAGUGAUUGCUAAAUGCAUACCAGAGGCGUCUGCACGUGAAAUAUGUGAAUUUGGUGACAAAUUGUUGCUUGACGAAACUUCUAAAGUCUUCAAAAAAGAGAAAGAUUCCAAAAAAGGCAUCGCAUUUUCGACAUGCGUAUCUGUAAACAAUUGUAUAUGUCACUUUUCUCCAAUACCAAGUGAAACGGAUUACAUCCUGAAAGAGGGUGAUUUAGCUAAAAUUGACCUUGGAGCUCAUAUAGAUGGCUUCAUAGCAGUGGUAGCACAUACAGUGGUGGUAGGCGGUGGUGAGGUCACUGGUAGAGCAGCUGAUGUCUUACUAGCUGCUCACUAUGCAAGUGAAGCUGCUUUGAGACUCCUCAGACCUAGCAAUGAGAACUAUGCUAUCACUGAUGUUGUUCAAAAGAUAAGCGCAGAGUAUGGCUGUAAGCCGAUAGAGGGUAUGUUAUCCCAUCAGCUGAAACAGUUCAGAAUUGAUGGAGAGAAAAGCAUUAUCCAGAAUCCAUCAGAAGCACAACGGAAGGAACAUGAAAAGGCUACUUUUGAAACUUAUGAAGUUUAUGCUAUGGAUGUAUUAAUCUCCACUGGGGAAGGUGUUGGCCGUGAAAUGGAUACUAGGUGUACUAUAUACAAAAAAACAGAUGAAAUCUAUCAACUUAAAUUAAAAUCAUCUAGAACAUUCUACAGAGAAGUCCGAAAUAAACAUGGGUCAAUGCCUUUUAACUUAAGAUCCUUUGACAAAGAAACAAGUGCAAGACUGGGUGUAGUUGAGUGUGUUAACCACAAACUCAUUGAGCCCUUCCAGGUGCUAUAUGAGAGACCAGGUGAAUUGGUAGCACAAUUCAAGUUUACAGUACUCUUACUGCCGAGUGGCACUCAUCGCAUAACGGGUUUGCCAUUUGACAAGAACCAGUGUAAGACUGAACGGACCAUUAAGGACCCAGAACUCAAUGCCCUUCUGAAUUCUUCGGCGAAAUCAAAUAAAAAGAAGAAAAAGAAGACCGGUGCGGAGGAAGCGAUGGAAGUUGAAACAGCUGCCUAGCGAUUGAAUUUAAUAAUGCCCAAGGACUCUAAAGAUUCAGCUUUCCUUAACUUUCACACGGACAAUAUUAUAAGUCACCUCUAACAGUGAUUGUUAUGAGCAAUAUCAAAGCUUAUCCUUUUUAUAUGGCUUACAAGUGUUUUAACUCCCAAGUGUUCACUUCAAGCUGUAUAUAUAAUAACGAAAUUGUUGUUAAUGUUUAGAUGUUUAUUUACAAAAUUUUCAAGCAUUGAUAACUGUUUGAGAUAUACACUUUUUAAUUCAUCCGUCUGUAUUUACCGGUGUGAUUUUUUUUUUUUUUACUCCGACAAAAUUAAAAGGAUAAUGUACAUAACAUCCAUAAUCAUUUCGUUUUUACAUAAUAAAACAGGCAUAAUGUAUAAAUGUUAAAAUAGGACCAUUCCCCAGAGUUGUUGGUUUUGUUAAAUACAAUUUUAAUGUGCACAAAAUUUAUAUAUACAUAUACUUCAAAUCUUGCAAUUUAGUAUAUGUAUGGUAAUAUUUACUAUUAUUUUGAUGUUUUCAAUAGUUUAUUGAUCAUCCAUAUGUUUUGAUUAACUAAGACUAUGAACACUCUUAACAGAUAACUGAUUUUAUUUAACUAUUAUAUACACUAUUUGAAUGCUUCAAAAUGAUAGUAUCAGUAUGUCGAUGGUUCCAACAUCUCGAUUGAGUUUUAUAAAUAGAUAAUGUAUUUUCGGUACAUUACAUUUCUUUUAAGAAUAUGUGGAACUAAAAACACAGGAAUUGAAAAAAUGUUGUCAAUGUGUAUGUGACAUUACAAGAAUGGAACAAAUCAAACUGCCACAAAAUAUUGUGGCUUGUUUUGUAA